UCCCGACUCCCCCCCUCUUCCACAUAAAGAAACCCUAGAAGGAUACUAAUCUCCCAAUCUGAUCCCAAAUUGUCCGUCGACCUCACCUUCUCCUCGAUUCUGGGCUUCCCGGUGAUCUAAUUCGAGCUACGGCGGGAGAUGGCUCACGGCGGCUACGCCCGGCGUCGGCUCGAGGAGCGGAGGCCCCUGGGACGGCGGUCCAAGGGGUUGGGGCUGGACAAGAAGCGAAAGAAGUCCAAGAGCGUCUCCGUCAAGAACCAGAUUCGGUCCACCGAGCGCUUGCUUCGUAAGGACCUGCCUAAUGAAGUCAGGCGGGCUCAGGAGCAGAAGCUGAACGAACUUAAAAAGCAGCAGGAACUUCAAACGCGCCUGGCAUUAGAACAUAAGAUACGUUUGAGGGACAGAAAGAUCAAAUUUUUUGAGAGAAGAAAGAUAGAAAGGAUGAUAAGGAGGCUUGAGAAGCAACAACGUGCAUCAUCUGAUCAUGUGUCAGAUGAAAGAAUUUUGGAUCAACUUUCUAAAUUAAAAGAAGAUCUAAAUUAUGUCCGGUUCUUUCCAAAGACUGAAAAAUAUGUCUCAUUGUUUGCCGGUGGAGAUAAUCCAGAUACUGUUGAUAAGAGAAAUAAAUUACGUGAUCAGAUUAAAGCCAAUCUCAUAGCAGCUGCUGCCAAUGGAAAAGAUUUAGAAGAAACAGCAAGCGAUGAUGAUGCUUUAGAUGUGAGUGAAGAUGAUUUCUUUUUGAGCGGAAGCUCAAGCGAUGAAGCAGAGGCAGAUGAUGAAUGGACAGAUAAAAGUACUAGGGAACCAGCUUCAAGUGCUUCUGGCAAAGCAACAUCUGGCAUGUCUAGUGAUGAAAGAAAUCAGAGACAGAUGUCUGCACGAGUUCUCAUGCCACCACCUCGUUCAUUGCCACCAAGAAGAAGCCGACCCAUUGAAAACGUUGAGAUAUCUACAUCUAGCAACGCAUCAAAUAGUGGUAGUGGCCCUUCCUCCAGAAACACAAGAUUUGUAAAUGAAGCGAGAGGUCAUCACAGCAACCUGAGCUCAAACUCAGAUGCUCAUAAACCACGUCGAAAAAGGAGGCCAAAGAAGAAAAAGCAGGCAUGAUGUUACUGUCGUGAACAGUGAUGGGGCUGACGUUCAUGAGCUACAAGCAGUAUACUGGAAUUUAGUGGAUCUACCACUUGUCAUCAGAAAGAACAUUGUGUCUCUUCAUACUGUCUUGGUUUGCUAUUUUUAAGUUGUGUUAUACUCUGCGUGCUCUGCGUGCCCAUAUUAUUAGGAAUUAAUUGUUCCUCACGAUUCUCUGUCACAAUUGUUGCUUUAUGGAGAUGGUAAGCUGUAAUGCCAUAUGGCCAACCUUUUUCUUUUUUUCUUUUGCGGGUAAGCAGAGAUGGAAGAAAGAAUAUUCCUGUAAUGUUGAAUUUUGAUUAAGCCAGUCUUGUCGAAAUGAACAUGAACUGCAAGCUUAUAUGGUUCA